AUGAAGCGUGUUAUACAAAAUCAGUCCUCAUUGACUAAAUUCUUUUCUCCGAAACCGAAAGUUCAACGUCUCGAUUUCUCAUCUAACUUAAACGCCAAAGGAAAUUCUUCCGAAAGACUAGCAACAAACUCCAAUUGGUCUCCGGCUAGUUCACCGGUCGUAGCAUCUUCUAACUCUCCUAAAAUAUCUCCCUCCUUACCUAAAACUUCACAUUUAAUCCCAUUAAAAUCCCAAUCUCCAAAAUCAGCAGAAGGAUCUUUGUCCGAAUCACCCGUUAAAAUCGCGUUUUUGUCUGCCGACUCAACCAAUUUGGCGAGAUUGUCACCUGACAAGAUUUCUAAGUUUACUUUGCCUAUGAAGACUCACGAGUCUUCUACCCCUGCGCUAGAGCUACCUACUACCUUGCUCUCAGAAUGCACGUCGAUAAGCUCUCACUGUAAAACCAUCGAUUCAUCCUCAAGACCUUCCUCUCUGCCACGCGGUCCACUGCAUCAAUCUACAGUCUCCCCUGCCAUGAAAUCAAAAGUUCUAAAAUCACCAGGUGAGACGGAAUUUUCACUUUCUUCCACCAGGGCUUCUGACAACUCCCUGGAUGCUUUUUAUUCAACAUCUUAUGUUUCUGAUUUACUUACCGAAGCUUAUGUAUAUCGUUCUUCUUGCAACCUAGCUCAAUCUCUUCUUCCUCCACCAGCCGCCUGA